GUGUGUGUGUGUGUGUGUUUGUUUGUUUUCGGCGGAACGCCUGGACUGUUUUGAGACACCUUUUCUAUUUCCAUAGGAGGAUACCUGCAUCAUUUACUGAUGGAACAGGGUCACUCCAACGCCCUGUUGCAGCCUCCCAACACCACCUAACAUUUCCUGGAAGAACGUGUCCAAUGCGUGCUCCCAAGAAACAUGGACUGUUUUCCCAUGCUUUCUUUUCUGUCGAGACAUCAUGAUUCCUGGUAAUCGAAUGCUGAUGGUCAUUUUAUUAUGCCAAGUCCUGCUGGGAGAGAGCAACCAUGCUAGUCUGAUACCUGAAGAAGGGAAGAAGAAAAUACCUGGCCUGCAGGGUCGUUCGGACACUCAGAGUCAUGAACUGUUGCGCGACUUUGAGGCCACGCUGCUGCACAUGUUCGGCCUCAAGAGGCGGCCACGGCCCAGUCGCUCGGUCACCGUGCCCCGCUACCUGCUGGACCUCUAUCGGCUGCAGUCGGGGGAGGCCGAGGAGGCCGGAGUGCACAACAUUGACUUUGAGUACCCGGAGAGGUCAGCCAGUCGAGCCAACACUGUGAGGGCCUUCCACCAUGAAGAGCACAUGGAGAAGAUCCAUGAGCUGGGUGAUGGAGAAUCCAUGCCUGUGCGCUUCCUGUUCAACCUCAGCAGCAUUCCAGAGGAUGAACUGCUUUCCUCUGCAGAGCUAAGACUCUACCGUAGUCAGAUUAAUGAGGCCACUGCUGAUGACCAGAGCCUGCACCGCAUAAACAUCUAUGAGGUCCUGAAACCCCCACGGCCUGGGCAGCUCAUCACCCAGCUUCUGGACACACGGCUCGUCCGGCACAACGCGUCCCGCUGGGAGAGCUUUGAUGUCAGCCCCGCCAUCUUGCGCUGGACUCGUGAGGGCCUCCCUAAUUAUGGACUGGCUGUGGAGGUUCUGCAUCUCAACAAGACCCCGCGCCACCAGGGCCGACAUGUUCGCGUUAGUCGCUCGGUUGAACAGGAGCCUGGAGAGGACUGGGAGCAGCUACGCCCUCUUUUGGUCACUUUUGGUCAUGACGGGAAGGGUCACCCACUGACCCGGCGGACCAAGCGCAGUCCCAAACAACGGGGCCGCAAAGGCAGGCGCAACUGCCGGCGCCAUGCACUGUACGUAGACUUCAGUGAUGUAAACUGGAAUGACUGGAUAGUGGCACCACCCGGGUACCAGGCGUAUUACUGCCAUGGGGAGUGCCCCUUCCCACUGGCAGAUCAUUUAAACUCCACCAACCACGCCAUUGUUCAGACACUGGUGAACUCUGUGAAUAACAAUAUUCCCAAGGCUUGCUGCGUACCAACAGAGCUCAGCGCCAUCUCAAUGCUCUAUCUGGAUGAACAUGACAAGGUGGUCCUGAGAAACUACCAGGAAAUGGUAGUGGAGGGCUGUGGCUGCCGCUAGUACGCAAAUUUGCAAAAUCCUGGGCUUAGAACUCAGCCUACAGCAAAGCAGCAUGGACACUACAGCAAAUCAGAAGGUCUUUUUCCCAAAAAAUGCUCACUUGGACCCUUAUUUAUAACUUUUAUGAGGUGUAUGUUUGUCUCACUUUUCUUUUUUUUUUUGACAAUAUGAUCAUAUAUUUUGACAAAAUAUAUAUAUAUAUAUAUAUUUAUAUCUACAUAUUAAAAUAAAUUGAGUCCUUCUUUUAAACAUAAAGAAAUUGUUUAUCCUAAUGUACAUUGAAUUGUAUACAUUUUUAUUUUGUUUUUCUUCAGAAACUAAUAAUGGUAAAAAAGUAAAAAAAAAAAAAACGCAAAAAACUAUUAGUUUGCUGGUAAAUUUAUUGCUUGCAAAAGUUACAUGCGUCUUUCACCUGAAGUAAUAUGACCAAAAAUUUCAUUUUUAAACAUUUCAAGGUAUAAAUUGACUAUUAUAAACUAGUGAAAAACGAAUUCAGUUAACAUCACUAUGUUCAUCUUAGGCUCAACUUAAAGUCAUUGAAAUAAAGUUGACAACAAAAAUGCUGUCAAUCUCUAUCAAUUUUGUGAAAUGAACCUUGACUUUAGAGUUAAAUUUAAUUAUUUUAUGAUCUGUUUUUGAAAAAACUAAGAGAGCUGGUCACAAGAAAACUUUCCAACUCCUAAGGAUGCCCGGCUGGCCUGGGAGUCCUAAGGCUAUACUUGAAUUUAGAUUUACAAAUGCGCCAGCUGUUCACAUUUAGAAACCUUUGGAGUUUGAAAGUUGUGUUAACAGUCAGCUUUUUGAUCUAAAUGUAAUCUCAUCCUCUGCUAGCAUCUUAGCUGUAACUCUGCCCCAAAAUGGAAUUCUCCCUGGGGCCUCCUCCAGCUUUGGACGGCUCUGUAUAGACAUGACCUAUAUUCACAGAAAAGGAAGCCUUGAUUAUGUGAUACCAGCAAUAAAUAAUUUUAAAAUAAACUUAAUUUCUACACAA